AUGGCGGAGGCCAUAGCCAUAUCCCUCUCUGCUAAACUCGCCGUGGCGCUGUCCCGCGACGCCGCCGUCGGCCUCGCGCCCCUGUUGGGCAUUGGCUCUAAAAUCUCCGCUACCGUGCGGGACCUCGAUCUCCUCCGCGCCUUCCUCCGGUUCGCCGACUCCUGCCACGGCACGGACGCCCUCGCCGCUGCGUGGGUCAAGCAGGUCCACGACGCUGCCUUCGAGCUGGAGGACGUAGCGGAGGAGUGGUGCUACCUCUCCGGCCACGUCCGCGCACGGGAUUGGGUCCACGUCAGGGCCUGGUUCGCCCUCUUGAAGCGGCUGCGCAAGGCACGGGACAAGCUUUCCCGCCUGUCCGCCGCCAAGGAGUAG